AUAACAAUGUACCCAUCUGGUCCCUAAAACACGCACAAACCUUCACCUCCUUCUCAUUUUUUCAUCACCAUGGGAAGAAGAAAAGUUACACACGAGUUGAUUUCUGACAAGUCCACUCGCCGAGUCACGUUCAGAAAACGCAAAGAAGGCAUACUGAAGAAGAUCAAUGAACUAACCAUUCUUUGUGGCUUACGCGCUUGCGCCAUCAUCUACAGUGAUUACAAGGAUGGCCCUGAGGUUUGGCCAAACCGUAGAGAGGUACGUGUUCUUCUAAACCGGUUUAGCGCACUCCCCAAGGAGAAGCAGACCAAAUACAUGAUGGACCAGAAGGAUCUCAUGACCAGGAUGAUCCAAGACGCGGAGAAGAAGUUGGAGAAAGAGCAGAUGCAUAGCCGUGCGAUGGAACUUGGGAUGAUUGCUGCGUUUAGUGAUCUAGAUGAUGCUGAUUAUUCGGAGGAUCUGAUCAAAGCAGCCGAUGUGGUUGAAAAGAGGAUCAAUGUAAUCAGACAGAGGAUUGAAGCUUUAGAAUCAAGAACGGCCUUGGUCAAGAAAGACUAGGCUUUCAAAAGUUUCAUAUCUUUUCAUGUAUUUUUAAUUGUUUGCAAAUAAAAAAAAAGAUGUUUUAAGAUUCAUGUGUUGUAUGAUUUGUUUUAAAGGUCUUUAUGAGAAUGAUAUGAAUCUUUUUGGCC